AUGGACGGUUGGAUUGAUUUAUAUGGAACAAUGGCAAAUGUUCGACUCGAUACAAAAGAGGAAGAAGAGAUUGAGUAUCACACGGACUGGAAAUGCCCAUCAACCGGAUCCAUCACUUGGAUAUGGAGACACAACAACUGGAAGCAACUUGUACAACGUGUUGAAGAUGAGUCUGAUGUAUCAGACAUAAUCAAACAACUACGAGCCAAUCAUGUGAUCGUGAACAUUGCUGUCGACAGUAUCCCAUCGGGUGGUUCCAAUUCGGCGACACUAUACGAAAUGUCAUUUCAAACCAAUGGAUACUGUGUCUUUGCCACCGGCAGUGAUCUUUCAAAUGCUUUUUCCUGGAUGUUUGAGAUACUAGGCUGGCCUUUCCAAUUCAUUGCUUCAAAUUUUGUGGUUUUUGGAUCGGGUCGAAUCGAAAUACCUGCAUUCAAAACUCCGGUACCACCACCGGGUGAAACAGUAACCUGUUUAUUUGCAAUAACAGUUCAGAAUCACACACUCGAUAAUUCAUUCGUAUCCAUGAACUAUACAAUUGAGAGUACCGAUGGAUCUGAUAUUCAUGAAUUUCCAAGUACCCAAACAUAUCCUCUCUAUGGAACUGCACAAUCAACUAACCUCGUUUUGUACGGAUACCUCUCGUACAAAUGGACAAUUGACUACCAUUAUAACACUGUUGCACCACAAAUCAUUGAAUGCAGAAUGUACAGUGGAAUCUAUCACGACUUCGUACCACUGCCAGAUUUCAAGUGA